CUGUCUGAUUGACAGCAAGCAACCAGCCACAGACUACAAACAUACUCUUAAACUUCGGAAAGAGCGAAAUGAAACGGUCGUCCUACUAAUGAAAAUAAAGUAUUGUUGUAUUUGUUGUACGUAAAGUGGUAAUAUACAAGAAACAUGAAUACUUCCAAUUUCGGACUAGAACCAUUGCGUGGUAAAUCUUCAGAUACAGCGAAAACGUUUAUUUUGCCUGAUAAAUGCGUAUCAAAACAUUUCGGUUGCGCAUGGGGUCCAGGCAACAAGUUCACUAUAUACCCUCGCAGCCAAACGGUCAACAAGGCGACUCCUAAAGCACUCGACAACAGGCUAUUCAAUGUCCGUCAAGAUGUCCUUCUUUUCACGCCGAUCUUGCGGAAACUGGUCAACGAAUCUAAUGGAACAUUUUUGUCCUUACAAAAAGUUGCAGAAGCAGCUAAAACAAAUGAUAAUCAAGUAGAAUUCUUGAAACUUUCCCGCCAAUUCCGGUCAAUCAUCCGAGUAUGUAUUGAGGGUCUCCAGGAGGCAGCUUCGAAAGAACAGGAUGGAGUUGCAAAGAACAGUUUGCAGUCAUACAUUACAAUAUUCUACUCUAUUGAAUGUAUUUGGCAUUUGUGUGAGAUUUUGUUUAUAGACAACAUUCCUGGGGACAUAGUGUUACCUUAUUUGUUGGAGUGGGUGCGUUUCCAUUUUCCCUGUCAUGAGCAGACUGCUGCUGGCCUGCUGGAGGCUUGUGAGAGGGGCUCUGAAGAGAAUGCAGAAUAUUGGGAUACAGUAGUAGGCAUGGUGGUGCAAGGGCGUGUGGAUGUUGCCAGAGCUCUACUGAAACUUCAUUCAGCUGGUGAGAGCAAUGAGUUUAAACUGGUUGAUAACUCUUUGCGAAGUAUGCCAGUUUAUAGUGUAUAUGGAGGUAUAUCUACAGGAGAGUUCACUAUAUCAUGGAAGCACUGGCAAGCUGAGUGUAGGUCUAAGCUUAGUAGCAGGGUACUUGCCUCACAGCCUAACCUGGAGCUUAUCAUGAGGAUAAUAAUCGGUGACUACACAGCUUUCGAGUCGAUCCGCAGCAAGUACUCAUCCUGGUUCGACAUUCUGGGUGGCUGGGUGCUGUUCACGGCGCCGUGGUCGCGGCGACACGAGCUGGGCGCGGCGGCCGCGGCCUGCGCUGGCAUGGCGCCCGCCAACAGGUCACAUCUGGAUGACAUGGUGCGGGCUCUGCUGGAGGGAGACUUGCAUCAGGUUAUUCAUGAAAUACAACAGAUAUCAGAUAAUGGCUGGUUUGCCACCCACCUCACUGACAUUUUAUUCCACUGUGGCAAACUCAAAGUUUUGGAUAAACAUCAAACCAACGUCACAUCCCGCCUUCGUGAUAGCUUAAUCCUAGAAUAUGGGUCUCUACUAAUGGAACACAAGUCACUCUGGUCUGUAGGUCUGUCCUACCUGGCCUCAUGUCCACCAGAAGGCUUGAGAAGAGCUGAACUGUUACUAGAGAGGAUACCAGUGGAUACAGACGCUAAAGCUAUGAGGGUGAUUGCUGAAGCCAAGAAACAUGGCUUGUCUAGUGUCGCGUCGCAGGUGUCCCGCUGCCGCUGCGCGCAGGCGGCGGCGCGCGCGCGGGCGGGCGGCGCGCUGUGCUGGGCGGGGCGCGCGCGCUGGGCGGCGGGCGCGGCGCGGGCGGCGCGCGCCUGCCUCACGCACUACGCGGCGCGCGCCGAGCUGCCGGCGCAGGACCUGCUGCUCACCGCCGGCAGCUCCAUGCUGCUGUCCGACACUCUGCUCUUCCUAGGUAAAUACUGUGACUUCCAUCGGCUUUACAAAUCAAGAGAAUUCAAAAAGGCUGCUCAACUACUGGUGUCCCUGAUCACAUCGAAAAUUGCUCCCGAAUAUUUCUGGGAAACCCUUCUUUUAGAUACAUUACCACUCCUUGAAUCUGAUGAGCCCGUGUUCACGUCUAACGACACGUACGAGAUCAUGCUGUGCCUAGAGCUGCGGUCCUCAAGCCUUGAGGGUGAGAAAGCUGAUCUGAUGCGGCUGGCGCUGGCCCGCAACCUCGCCCGCACUGCCCUGGCCGAAGGCGAUGGGGCCGACGAAGGAGGACAAUGAUUGUUCAGGAGAAACCAGCCAUGGAGCUCUGUGCUUACCAGUGCGCAUAGUCAAAUUGUAUGGGAUAUUAUCAAGAUGGACUAAAAUCAAGUUAAACUGUAUGAAAGUUAUCUCAAAAUGUGUAGUAAGAAAAGAUUAGAACAUUCUGUCUUGGUAGGCUUCCAAAGAACCUCAUAUACAUUCAUUUAUCCGAGUGUGUAUUGCUGCCAACAUGUUUAUUCGAUCUUUAAUUUGAUCCUAUGAUGAAAUGAUAACUUUCACAGCCAUUUCACAGUUCAAUAAGACUUGAUAGAAUGUGCUUAGGAUAAGUUACUUAUAAAUAAUGAUGCUAAGUAAUGG